GCGCUCAGUCCAGCCGGCCCUUUCCUGCCCUGCCCUGCCCUGCCCGGCGCGGGCGGCGCGAUGUGAGCGCCCGAGGCUGGAGCGUCCGCCGGGCCCGCGCUAGCCACAUUUCAGCUGACUGAAGACACGACGGGCGCUCAGCUCAUCUCUGCGUCUCCGUCACCCAGCGCAGGGCCUGGCACACAGCAGCCCUCUGCAGAGGCCAGGCUCAAGGACAAGAUGGCAGCCAAGCAGCCCCCACCCCUCAUGAAGAAGCACAGCCAGACGGACCUCGUGAGCCGCCUGAAGACCCGGAAGAUCCUGGGCGUGGGCGGGGAGGACGAUGACGGGGAGGUGCACCGUUCCAAGAUCAGCCAGGUCUUGGGCAAUGAGACCAAAUUCACUAUUCGGGAGCCUUUGGGGCUCAGGGUCUGGCAGUUCGUUUCCGCUGUGCUCUUCUCCGGCAUUGCUGUCAUGGCACUCGCCUUCCCCGACCAGCUCUACGAUGCCGUCUUCGAUGGAGCCGAGGUGACCAGCAAGACCCCCAUCCGUCUCUAUGGUGGCGCCCUCCUCAGCAUCUCCCUGAUCAUGUGGAACGCGCUCUACACGGCCGAGAAGGUCAUCAUUCGGUGGACCCUGCUUACGGAAGCCUGCUACUUCGCGGUCCAGUUCUUGGUGGUCACUGCCACACUAGCCGAGACGGGCCUCAUGUCCCUGGGGACCCUGCUGCUCCUGGCCAGCCGCCUCCUUUUUGUCAUCAUCAGCGUUUACUACUAUUACCAGGUCGGCCGAAGACCCAAGAAAGUCUAGCCGCCUGCUGGGCCAGGGACCCUGCCCAUGCCUGGAGCAGGGUGGCUCUGGGGCCUCUGUUUCCCUUUGGUCCUGGAAGGCCGGGGGACCCCUGCCCUGGCCCGGGCAGGCAGGGGUGGUGGCCUUCCUUUCCUCCUGGGCACUCGCCGGAUGCUGUGUUCUCCUGGGCUUCCAGGUUUGAGAUCCUGGUUUGGGGAGAGAUGGGGGCCUCUGCACCCCCAUUCUUCACUCUACACAGUGGCACCUCCUUUUCUUAGGUCUCUUGGCCUCCAGAUCCCCUCGACAGACAGACUGAAGUCAAGUUCGCGUCAUAGGGGUAGUGGGCUAAGUCAAGGGUCCAGCCUCUUCUGCCAGGAAGCCCUUCUUGCUUUCGAGAGAGGCUGUGGACCAACCCCCUCCUUCUCCCUGCACCCCCAGGCAACCUAGUGCCCAAGCAGCUGAACUUGGCUUCCCUCUGUGCCUGGGAAACCUGAGAACUUGGCCCUGUGCCCCAACCUCUCAACCUGGGCCCUCCCCAUGUGUGCCCCCUGAAACACACACACACACACACACACACACACACACACACACACACACACACGUGUGCCCCUUCCCACAGCCCAGCAGAGGGUGGACAGGCAGGGGUGGGCUGUCUUUGAGAUGGCACUGCCCUUUCAGCCUCUGUGCGGAUGGGCCACGUGCAGCCAGAAGCCCUGUCCCCACCCCAGGCCUGGCCCGUGGUGAGCUGUCCUGGGCCUGCUCUGGGGCUCUGCUUCUAGGGCUGCCUCCAGCUGCUCUGGGUUCAGAGGCUGCCAGCGGCCACACGCACAGGCCCCACAGAUGGGCACACAGACAGCUCCCGAUGGAGCCAUUGCAAGUGAUGGCAUUUGGAGAUGGGGGGAAGGAAAGCUGUGGCCUGAUGUCCACCUGGCUCACCCCUGCCCGCCCCACCCCCGCCCACCAGGGAGCUGCCCCCGAGGCCGAGGCCGAGGCCUGGCGGCACAGGCCUCAAGCGAGUAAACAGAAACAUCUCUGCAGGCCCUGCCUCUCAGCUCACCCAGUGCCCCGGAGACGCCCUGCCCUGCCUCUCCCUGCAGGUCCCCCAGCUGUGCCGGGUGCCCCCCUCCCGCCGGCACGCCGGCGCACAGCAGGACUGGCGAGUCCCGGGGAAGCGGUGAGAGGGGGCGGCCACUGGCCCCAGACUUCCUUCCCCUUCAUGAGACAGAGUUGGGGGAGGUGGGGUUGCCGCUGCCUGGUGGGCCUCUGCCUGGGCCAAGCUGUCCUGCAGCCACGUGUGCAGUGACGUGGCCCGUGCCCAGCAGAGCGGUGGCGCUACCUCGGUCACGCAGCUGAGGCCAGUGGCCGAGUGGAGUGGGAGGCUGGACUCUGGGGAAGGGCCCCUCUGUCCUGGCAUCCGAGUCUGUGACUCUUAGAGGGCUGUCCCCUGCUGCCAAGACCCGGGCCAGCGGGAGCCCAGUGCUGCCUCCCAAAGGCCCCAGCCUGACUCUCCCCUCUGAGCCAGGCCUGCUGAGGCCCAGCUCAGCCCCUGGGGGUGACGGUUGGUUUGUGCUUCCCGUAACUGACAGGCAUGGCAGGCGGGGGCCUGCGCCCACCAAACCUUCCACCCUCAGCUGCCGGAUGGCGAGGGGGGCGUGGCCUGCCCCCCGGGGUGGGGCUCUCCAGGCAGCGGCACAGAGCAGAGCUCAUGACAUGGUGUGGCUUAGUUAAGACUUCAUUGUGGGGAAUCCCGGGGGUGGGGGUGGGGGUCCCCGAGGUCAGCUAAGACCUGCAGGACAGAUGUGGCCUCGGGGACAGGGGACAUCAAGGCAAGGAAGGGUUAUGGUCGGGAGGGAGGCAGUGACAGGGGAGAGGGACCCUCCCCUGCAGCCGGGAAGGCCGGGCGUGGGCCCAGCUCUCCGCUCCAUUUGGGGUGACCUGGGAUGCCUCUUCUCCCAGUCCCCCGGCAGCCGGAACCCAGCACCCUCUUGUCAAGCUUCUGCCUCAGCCUCAGGCUACCCCCACCUCCAAAUCAAGACCACCUUUCUUCACGGUCACUAUUUAUUCUUCGAUCCUUUUUCUUUUUGUAAGAAACAGUCACAAAAACCAGUGCAAAACCAUCA